CGCGAGCGGGUAGAGGACUUCCUUUUCAGGGAAGCUGCGCUUCUCGAUGAUUGGCGCCUUGACGACUGGGUAGGCCUGUUUACCGAAGACGCCCGGUAUAUUGUCCCCACCACCGACUUGCCGGAAGGGGACCCCCAGCGCGACCUGGUGUUCAUUGAUGACGACAUCACCCGUUUGCGCGCCCGAGCGGUGCGGCUGAACAGCCGUCAUGCUCACCGCGAGUAUCCGUGGUCGCGCACCCGCCGGUUUGUUUCCAACGUGCGGGUUGAGGAAACCAACGAUGGCGAACUCGCUGUUUCCGCAAACGUAAUGGUCUAUCGAUUCCGGAACGGCGAGGGAGCACCCUAUGUCGGCAGCAUCGACUACAUCCUGCGGCGGGACGGCGGGGAUUUGAAAAUAGCCUACCGCCGCGCAGUAUUGGAUCUGGAAGCCCUCUCCUGGCACGGUGCGGUCAGCAUCAUCUUCUGA